UUGGAGGCCGGGCAUGGAGGCCCCCCAGCUGCUGACGGCCGCCGUCCUGCUGUGCUCCGCCAGCUGCCUCCUGCCCGACGGCGCGGCGCCCACCUUCGGUGUCCAGGACGAGGCCGAGGCGCUGCCACCCCCGCGGGACAACCGCAGGUCCUGGCUGAGCAGCUUCCAGGACUACGUGUGGGACCGCAUCAAGAGCUCCGUCCCCACGGCCGCUGUAUUCGCCUUCCUUUUCGCCAUCCUCCUAGUGGGGCUCCUCUGCUGCCUCACUUUCGCCGUAGGUGAACCAGUCUAA